AUGGAUGGAAUGAAUCUAUUGAUAUUUUUCAGUGCAUGUGCUGAAUUAGGUAAUGAAAAAGGAUUAAAAUUAGGUAAACAAAUUUAUUCAAAAUUAUUAUCAAAUAGAAAAUUACUUAGUGAAAAAGUAAUUCACUCGAUAUUGAAUAUGUUUAGUAAAUGUUCAGAUAUUGAAAAUGCUGAAAAAUUAUUUCAAAAAUUAAAUAAAAAUACGAUUAGUUAUGGAUGUAUGAUGGCAAUGUAUAAUAAUCAAAAUGAACCUGAGAAAACUUUAAAUUUAUAUGAAGAAAUGAAACGAGAUAAAAUUGAAAUUGAUAAUCUUAUUUGGAUUUUAAUUAUUAAUGCAUUAGCAGAAUUAACUGAUCUUUCAACAUUUAAUGCAUAUGGUCUGAAUGGAUUAGGUAGAGAAGCUGUUCAACUCUAUUAUGAAAUUCCAUUUGAAAUCAUUGAUGAUAUUAUUAAUUUAUGUGUAUUGAAUGCAUGUUCACAUGCAAGUCUAAUUAAUGAAGCGAAAGAGAUUUUUAAAAAUAUUUCAAUCGAUAAAAGAACAGAAAAAAUUUAUACAGCAAUGAUUGAUUGUUUUAGUCGUUCAAAUUUAGUCAAUGAAGCUGAAGAAUUAAUUAAUGAAUAUGAACAAACACAUUUACCCUCCUGUUCAAUGUACAUGUCAAUUUUGUCAGCUGCACGUAAUC